AGUUCAAAUUUUUCAUUGGUUUUGAACAGUCUUGAAUCUUUUUAAGCAUAUUCUUUUAUUCAAUUUUACCUGAAAAAAUGACGAAUAUUCAAGCUUUUAAUUCUCUCAUUUUUACUUUAUUACUAUCUAUUGGAAAUAGUGACGCCUUCGUAAAACCACAGGAUACUGUCGUUGAGAGGGGUGUAGAUGUUGAACUUAAAUGUUCUGGUGAGAGUGCAAAAUCGGUUCAAUGGUGGAUAACUAAACUUCCAGGAUUUAGUUUUCCACAAUUGUUGUCCGAAGGAAAUAAAACUAAGGAGGAUGCUACAGAUUACAUGGAAAUUUCAGGAUUUUACAAUUUAAGAAUAAAAAAUAUCUCGUAUAUUGAUGGAAAUUUAUAUUAUUGCAAGUACCAAGCCACUGACCACCAAGCUUAUGUAACAGUACUGGAAAAAAUUGAUAUAUUACAAGAAGAUUUCAACAAAACCGAAAUGGGCAAAGCCGCUUGCAACAUAACGUUUGGUACCCUUAAAAAAGUGAUAUAG